GCAGGUUUACUCAGACCAACGGAAGCCGAGCAGGAACCUGUGUUUGCGAACUCCGUAAACACCGAGCUGUUCACUCACUGCACGUGUCUCUGCUCACAGUUUGGGUCACCUAUUCACUGAUGUUUGCUGCAUGUGGAAGACAGAUAUUUAUUUCGUUGACCCAUGCAGAUCAUCGCCUCAGGAAUUACCUUACAUCAUUUCUUUCUACAGUUUCAUUCGACCCUUUUACAACUCCUCUCUUAACAAAAGCUCAAAAAACGCCUACACUCCUCAAUCCACUUGCACUGAUUCCUGCGUGUCAUAAUUCUCAGUUUUCUAAUUGUAAUAAUAGGAUGGAGCUGAAGGAGGUUUUGCAGAUACUGGAGCAACUUGCCCCUUUGUCUUUGGCUGAGUCAUGGGAUAAUGUCGGCCUGCUGGUUGAACCAAGCACACCACGGCCCAUUAAUACCAUUCUACUUACAAACGACCUUACUGAUACUGUAAUGGAAGAAGCAGAAACCCUCUGCUGUGACCUUAUUAUCUCAUAUCACCCACCUUUAUUUCGACCAAUCAAGCGCCUGGUUCAGAGAGACUGGAAGCAGCGGUUGGCCAUCCGGGCUGUGGAGGCAAGAAUGGCCAUUUUCUCCCCACACACAUCAUGGGACAGUAUGAGAGGAGGCGUGAAUGACUGGCUUAUAGGAGGUCUUGGUAGUGGCCACGUGACUGUUCUCAGCCAGGCACUCUGUGGCGGCCCCCCAACUCAGAGACUGGAAUUUACUGUGAAGAGUGACGAGGAGCUAAAUACUGUUAUGGAAGAACUAAAAGCCUGUUAUAGUUCAGCAGCUCUCCAGCAUUCAAGCAGCAGGUCAGAGAACAGUGGAAUCCAUGUCAGCUUUACCUGCAGUGACCUGGCGUUGCCCCACUUUGUCCAGACUCUGUUAGGACACACAGUUCUCAGCCAGUCGCUCACCAUCACAAAGUUAGAAAAACACCCUCUGCCUGGGCAUGGCCAAGGACGGAUGAGCAUUUUGGACCAGCCUGUAACUGUAGCAACAGCUGUGGAGAAAAUGAAAACACAUUUGAGUUUGAAUCACCUUCGUUUGGCUCUUGGAGUGGGACAGACACUAGACUCUUUGGUGUACACUGUGGCUGUGUGUGCAGGAUCUGGAGCUUCAGUCCUAAACGGCGUGAAAGCUGAUCUCUAUGUUACAGGUGAAAUGUCCCAUCAUGAAGUUUUGGAUGCUGUGGCCAAAGGAACCACUGUUAUUUUAAGUGACCAUAGCAACAGUGAGCGCGGGUUUCUGUCCGUCUUCAGGGAGCGCCUAGCUCUUCGUCUCCCUGAAGCUGUGUCUGUGCUGGUGUCCCAGGCAGACAGAGACCCCCUGCAGGUGGUCUGAAAUGUCUCAUAAUGACUUAAUAAAGUGUCAUCUUACUAAUA